UUCCAAAUACCACAGCACUUCAUGAGUUUAUUACUUUAUUACCUUAUGUACAGGCCAGUGAAUUUAAAGUCUGUAUGAAAACCCAUCAUAUUGCACCAACUGAAAUACUCGCAUCAAUGAGUACGAUUGGGUAAGAACACAGGAGAGCUGAAGGAGAUCACAGGAAAAGCUCAUACUGAGGAAAAAAUGUGAACAGAGAGACUAAACACUCUUCACGAGUAGGAACUUCUUACAUCCUUUUUUUUGUAUUUUUGCCCUAUUUUAAAUCACGGUGCUUAGUGGCUAGCCUGUUUGCCUCGCAAAAACCGUUAGCCUGCUGCAUACUUUUAACAAUAUAAUGCAUUGCUCUUGAAGUGAUUAUAAAAAUGCGUUGCUUUUUUUUUUUCUUUUCUUGUAGGAGUAAUGCCAGUUCCAGACCAGUCUUGUGACAGCGAGAACUCCAACAUGUUGAGCCCAGUACUAAACGCCUCCAACGGGGAUGGAUCUGAGACAGAGACGACCUCCGCCAUCCUGGCCUCCGUCAAGGAGCAGGAGCUGCAGUUUGAGAGACUGACCAGAGAGCUGGAAGCCGAGCGGCAGAUCGUGGCCACCCAGUUGGAGCGAUGCAAACUGGGAUCUGAGACUGGGAGCGUGAGCAGCAUCAGUUCUGCUGAUGAGAAGUUUCGCUGGAACAACCAAGACGGACAAAAGGACAUAGAAGAAGAGCUCACCACUGGCCUGGAGCUGGUGGACUCCUGCAUCAGAUCCCUGCAAGAAUCUGGUAUUCUGGAUUCCCAGGAUUUUGCAGCAGGUGAAAGAGCCGGCAUCCUGUCCCAGAGUGCUUUACAGCUCAAUAACCAAGAGGGCACCUUCCCCUAUACUGCUGGUUACCAUAGCAGCCAGACCCUGGCCCUGGGAGACCCGGCGACCUCCCAACCCCUAGCACGCGGUGCUCAGGUGGGAGGCGCCGUGCACAGCUACAAUCAGGUGACCUCUAGCCGUGCAGCCCAGCUGGUGGGCAAUGACCCGGGCGUACACGCGCAGUCCCGAGACUCGCUGGCACAGAGCCAUGGCAGCGCUUUCCACUUGCCUGACACUCAGCCUUCAGUCUAUUACUCAUGUGCCACCCUGCCAGCCCAGCGUGUGAGCUCGCCGCUCUCCGUGCAGGCCCUGGGCUCGCCCUCCAAACUCCAGAGGCUUGGCUCAGCCUCGGAUAUGCCCAGCUACGCCACUCUGCAGCGGGUAUCCUCGCCCAAGCAGUCACCCAGUCGCCUAGCCAAAUCCUACAGCACUAGCUCGCCCAUUAACAUGGCGGCCGGAGGGGCAGUGUCUGCCUCACCUGGGCAGGGCAACACCACUGGCUCCUCCCCCCUCCAUCAGCUCAGCUCAGCUGUGGGCAGCUACGCCACACUUUCACCCGCCAAACGUUUGCUGCAUUCCUCCGACCAGUACAAGAUCUCCCAUGAGCUUUAUGCCAACGCUACCCUUCAGAGGCCUGGCAGUCUUGCAGGCUCCCGGGGCUCUUACAGCAGUCAGCACAGCCAUCUGGGCGCUGAACUGCGCCCCCUGCAGUCUCCUGAGCACCACAUCGAUCCCAUCUACGAGGACCGGGUCUAUCAGAAAGCACCACUGAGGAACUUCACCCAGGGUCAGGCUCCAUCCUCUCCUGGCGUCGAGCCCAUCCCCCUGCAGCGCACAAGCAGCCAGAACGCCACAGGCACCUUUCCCCGCUCCAAUUAUGCCGUCGCACCCGACUACUCCAACCCAUAUCGCACGCUGCAGUUCUGCCCUUCAGCCGACUCACCCUACAGCAAAUCAGGCCCUGCGCUGCCGCCCGAGGCCACGCUGGUCAGGUCACCCUCUGUCGACAGCAUCCAAAAGGACCCCAGGUACGACCCUGAAUUCCUUGUCUGGAAUCAAAAUCAAGCCGAACAAAGAAUGACAAAAGAGUUUGGUUGGAGGGAUCCUGAGCUGCCUGAAGUGAUCCAAAUGCUACAACACCAGUUUCCAUCUGUUCAGUCUAACGCUGCAGCCUACCUGCAGCAUCUGUGCUUCGGAGACAAUAAGAUCAAAUCAGAGAUACGAAGACAGGGGGGCAUCCAGCUACUGGUGGACCUGUUGGAUCACCGGAUGAGCGACGUGCACCGUAGCGCUUGUGGCGCUCUGAGGAACUUGGUCUACGGCAAAGCUAACGACGAUAACAAGAUCGCACUGAAGAACUGCGGGGGCAUCCCGGCCCUGGUGCGCCUCCUUCGCAAAACCACAGACGUGGAGAUCAGAGAACUGCUCACGGGCGUGCUAUGGAACUUGUCCUCGUGUGAUGCGUUGAAGAUGCCUAUAAUCCAGGAUGCUCUGGCUGUGCUCACCAACACCGUGAUCAUCCCUCACUCCGGCUGGGACUCCUCCCCACACCAGGACGAGCGCAAACUGCACCUGCACUCUUCACAAGUGCUCCGCAAUGCCACCGGAUGCCUCAGGAACGUGAGCUCGGCCGGAGAGGAGGCACGACGCAGGAUGAGAGAGUGCGAGGGGCUUACGGACGCUCUGCUCUACGUCAUCCAGGCCGCGCUGGGCAGCAGCGAGAUUGACAGCAAGACCGUAGAGAACUGCGUGUGUAUCUUGAGGAACCUGUCCUAUCGGCUAGCAGCGGAGACGUCUCAGGGGCAGCAGCUGGGCUCGGACGAGCUGGACGGGGUGCUGUGCACCGACGCCAGCGGAAAGGACGCCGAGAGCUCUGGCUGCUGGGGCAAGAAGAAGAAGAAAAAGAAGAGCCACGAUCAGUGGGACGGCGUCGGUCCUUUUCCAGACUCUGGUGAUCCUCCGAAGGGGCUGCAGAUGCUCUGGCACCCGUCCAUAGUGAAGCCAUACCUCACGCUGCUGUCGGAAUGCUCCAACCCGGACACGCUGGAGGGGGCUGCAGGGGCUCUACAGAAUCUGGCGGCAGGCAGCUGGAAGGUAGGCCCCACCCCAAAGCCAUGGUCGGUGUACAUCCGGGCGGCUGUAAGAAAAGAGAAGGGCCUUCCUAUCCUGGUGGAGCUGCUGAGAAUCGAUAACGACCGUGUGGUGUGUGCUGUGGCCACGGCACUCAGGAACAUGGCUUUGGAUGUGAGGAACAAAGAGCUCAUCGGCAAGUACGCCAUGAGAGACCUGGUCCAUCGCCUGCCAGGAGGCAACAAUAACAGCAGUGGCGGCGGCGUGGGAAAGAGCAUGUCCGACGACACCAUCACAGCCAUCUGCUGCGCUCUUCACGAGGUCAUUACCAAGAACAUGGAAAACGCCAAAGCCUUGCGUGACGCUGGCGGCAUCGAGAAGCUUAUUGGCAUCGCACGCAGCAAAGGAGAUAAACACUCCCCUAAAGUCGUGAAAGCCGCAUCUCAAGUUCUGAAUAGCAUGUGGCAGUACCGGGACCUGCGCAGCCUGUACAAAAAGGACGGUUACUCCCAGUACCACUUUGUGGGCUCGUCCUCUACAAUCGAGAGAGACCGACAGAGACCUUAUUCGUCCUCUCGCACUCCGUCAAUCUCUCCAGUGCGGACUUCGCCCAAUAACCGCUCAGCGAGCGCCCCCACCUCUCCGCGAGAGAUGAUGAGUCUGAAGGAGAGGAAGACGGACUACGAGUUGACCGGAACCAAUCCUGGUUACCAUGGCAACAAGGGCGAACACACCUCCAGGAAGGACACCAUGGCAGCACAAAUCUCCAGCGGAACCGCCACGCUGUUCCGGGGUGCUUACGUGUCUCCCAGCGACGACCUCAAACAUAACCAGGUGUCCGCUCAAGGUAAUCCAUCAGAGGCCUACCCUCCCUUCCAGACUCCUCCAGGAGCUAAUUUCGAGGAGAAUUAUUACGAGGACCAAGCGCACCAACGCCCCCCGGCCACCGCGGACGGCACCCUGCACCUCGGCCUCAAGUCCACCGGCAACUACGUGGACUUCUACUCAGCCUCUCGGCCCUACAGCGAACUCAACUACGAGACCAGUCACUAUCCCGCCUCGCCCGACUCCUGGGUGUAGAGGCAGCGGGCAGGGUCUGAGGGUCGCGGUGAAGACACACACAGACAGAAACCAGCCCGCAUGUGCAUGAACACUACCGGACACUCACUCACUCACUCGCUCGCUCACUCACCAACACACACCUUCAGUUUGAAUAGAAGGCACCUACUGAGUUCUCGGUUCACGGCGGUCAUCGGAGACACUCUCACGGAGAGAAAGGAAAAUCUGCGGUUCGAGGACGGCCCACAAAGCAGAAAAAUUCGGGAAACAGUGAGGGAGAACUAUAACUGUGAUCUAGAGGAGAUGGGGGACAUGAAGCACAAGAACAUGUCACGCGUCGACACAAGCCGAGGAAAUCGAUCCGACACAUUUUUAGGACAUCCGUUUGCGUUUGACCCGCUUUUUACGGAGUGCUUUCUUCACAAGGAGAUUUUUAUCUUUUUUUUUUUUUUUUUUUUUUUUUUGUUCUCUUUAUUUUGUAUCUCCUCUUUUUAACUUCUUAAUUCUAGUGUAAAGUAUUUGUUGUAUAUUGCAGAUGUAGAUACAAGUUACAUUGUGUAUAUUACAGAAAAAAAAGAAAAAAGAAAAACAAAAGAAACUGAUGUGCCCUCCCCUGUGGCUAAUAUCAAUUUUUUUUUUUUUUUUUUUUUUCCCGGGGGGAGGUGGGGGGGUGUAUCUGAAAAACCGAGGGAAAGGAUACUCCUACAUACUCUUCUGUAGGGAAGGUCGUUUUUGGCACCACAGAAAGUAGGCUUUGGUUUGAAAAGUGUUGUUUACUCAAGCAUUUUUUUUUUUUUUUUUUGAGAACAGCUAGAGUGAUCUCACAGAGCGUCGUCAUCGUCGUCGUCAUCAUUCCACGCACGGGGUGCUACACUGCCUGGCAAACGUUUACCGAUUAACAUGUUCAGCUUCGUUGUGUUCAGACGUCUUUUGUUCUAUAAAGGUUUAGUGACGGGUCGCAAUGAAACUCUGUCCUUUCACUAUGCUUCCAGUGAUCUGUGCUCUGGGUUUUUUUGUUUUUUUUUUUUUUGUAAAAUGUGCCAAAGGUGGUUUUCCCUGAACCAGCGGAUCACCACUGUGCUGACAUUCGACAUGAAGUUUACGUUCAACGCUGAUUCUAACACAAUUAGUUUGUAAAUGCUUUUACUUUUGUCGUCUUUUUUUUUUUUUUUUUUUUUUUACACAUUUCAUUGGCAUAUAGCCACGCAUUUCGACGAAAACUUUGAUAACAAUUGGAGAGACACGGUCUUUCGUCGCUAACAUCCCUUCCGAGAUGUACGAUUCAUUUAUGCUGUGUUGUAAAAUAGAUGACCGAGCAAAGCAGAUUUUUUUUAUUUCCAGAAACCAGUGGUUUUUACGUUCAUCGUAGACUAAUCUGUCAAUAGAUUAUGAAUAUAUAUAUUAUAUAAAUACAAAUCUAUAUAUAUAUAUAUAUAUAUAUAUAUAUAAAUAUAUAUAAAUAUAUACUUUUUAUGUGCCGAUGUGGAUGUCACCUAAUGCAGCAACUUUGCAAAGGAAAAAAAAGAAUACAUGUAGGAUUUUGUUCACGUUACACCUGGUCUUAAAUUUCCAACAAACUGUUGCCCUCCUGUUGUCAUGUUGUUGUUGUUGUGUGAAGCAGGUGAGACCAGGGCUCCAGACACCCAGAGCAAUGACGCGGACAGGUUUCGAACACAGAAACGGUGCUAAAACACACACUCACACACACACACACACACCCUCACACACAUCCUUUUUUGCAUCCUGGAUAAUGUGUUUACUGUUCGAUGUCACUAUCUUUCAAAAUAUUAAAGCUGUUUUGAACGUGUUUCAUCCCCAGAGUGAAAUCGAGGCCCCAUCGUGACGGCGGCGUCUUGUUUCUAAAAAAAAAAAAAAAAAAAAAAAAAAAGGGAAAAAAAAAAAUUGAUAAUAAAUAAAUAAAUAAAUCAGAAAGGCAACACUGCAAAAAUUAGCUGCUAGUCUAGACACGCUCCUAGAAAGAGUUGUUUUCAGUCACAGUUGCCCCCUCUGAUUUUUAUCUGAGGAUAUUUUAUAUCGGUUCAGUAGUGGCUCUGGGAAUGAUCCUUCCCUCAGAGAGCAGGCCAGACUGAAAGACACCGAGAGCAGCAGUCAUGGCCUCUGAUCAAGCGCUUAUUUUAACCUGAAGUAGUUGAGGACGAGUUCUGAAGUGUGGCGGUAAGCCCUGGUCUUCCCUCCAUAUCAUUUCGAACUUAGAGAUAACCGUCAGAGGCAAAGGAACCAAGUGAUAAUCUCCUGAAUUUGUCUCGCAUAUCUUUCAGCACUAUCGAUAGUAAAUGUCAGGGGUGGGGGCGGGGGUGGUGGUGGGAGGGGUUAUUGGGGAUUGAGGGUGGGCACAUGCACAAAAUAUUUGUGGAAAAAGUAGACAUGUCUGAAGACUUGUAUUGGAAAUGUAAGUACUUUUUUUUUCUUUCUUUCUUUCUUUCCUUUUUUUUUUUUUUUCUGUUGCUAGACAAAGUGUUUGAGAGACUUGUGAAUCUUUUUAUUGCCAGAUUGCAACUGCUAUAAGAUAUAAACUGACUAUCAAAUCAUUUUGUGUGAAUCGUUAUUGCGAAGAAUAAUUACACCUGCUGAAAUUCAACCAACAAUUUAAAAAUGGAGCUCUUUUCGAAGAGCAUCCAUAUCCAUCAUAUUAGUCACAGUGAUUUCACAAAAGUAAGCGUUUCUAUGUUUUUAGGGUUGGGCUAGAGCUCUCUGUUGAGAAUUAAGAGGCAAGUGGAGCUAGCAGUAGGUUUCUGAUCAGGCUUUUAUCAUGGUGUGGUCCCCAGUAAUAAGAUUGUGGACACCUGACCAUCACACCUAUAUGUGGUUCGAGUACACAAUUGUAUAGGAUGUCCUUUUUUUUUUUUUUUUUUUUUCCAAAACAUGUUCCGCCAUGACAGUGUGCACAAAGCAAAGUCUCUAUUCGUGCAAUGUUUGGACAACUGACACGAAAUCUCACAUCUAUUCUAUUUAUUUCAUGCUACCGUCUGUUAAUCCUUAACGGUCGUUUUUAGAGUCGUGGCUAAUGGUGAAAAACCCAUCUAACGAGUCCUCAACUCUCGUCAGUCGAAAUCUGCAGACUGUACUCCGUAUGGAGUAUGAACAAGGGUUCGGAACAAUACGCUGAAGAAGGAAAUUAGGAAUUAUGCAUGAUUAUUGCCCUUUCUAAUUGCCUAGAUAUUCAUCUUUUGUUGUUAAUUUUAGUGCGAUAAGAACAUAUCAGAGAGUAAGAAUUAAGAUAUAAUUACAGGGCCACCCACUGGGAGAAUGAAGAUGAGCAAAUAUUUCUGGGUUAAAUGCUUCGAGGCUGUGCCAUGGACUGUAUGUAGUGCUGAAUAGGUACAAUACUACCCCCUACUGGACCACCUACACACUACAAGCACUAGAAAUGCUUUGGUAU